CUCCCGGCGCCCGCUUCCAGCGCCGCCCAUGGCCGGCCGGGAGCAGCCCCCGGAGCAGCCGCCGCCGGCCCCCGGCCCCGCCGAGCCCCGCUACGAGGCGGUGGCCCCGCACUGGUUCUACCGCAAGGCCGGCGAGCCCCGGGAGCGCUGGGUGCCCUUCAGCGCGCAGGACUCGGCGAGGCUGGAGGAGGCGCACGGCGCAGGAAAAGAGAAGGAAGACGUGGUUGUCCCAACGUCGGGGGGUAGGUACGACGUUCACCUGAAGCAGAGGCAGCGCGUCGCAGUGUACUGGGAGGAGGAGGUCUCCGAGGUGCGUCGCUGCACCUGGUUUUACAAGGGAGACAAGGACAACAAGUACAUUCCCUACUCGGAGACCUUCAGUGAGGAGCUGGAGGAAGCUUACAUGAUUGCUGUAACCCUGGAUGAGUGGAAGAAGAAACUGGAGUCCCCUAGCAGGGAGAUCAUCAUCUUGCACAACCCAAAGCUGAUGGUGCACUACCAUCCGGUUGCCACCUCUGAUGAUUGGGGCUCAACUCCUACAGAACAAGGUCGACCUCGGACUGUGAAGAGAGGAGUAGAAAACAUCGCCGUUGAGAUCCCCAAUGGAGAACCUCUGCAAAUCGAUCACCUGGUGUUCGUCGUGCACGGCAUCGGCCCAGCGUGCGACAUUCGGUUCAGAAGCAUUGUCCAGUGUGUGAACGACUUUAGGAACGUUUCCCUGAGCAUGCUGCAGGCACACUUCAAGAAAGCCCAGGAGCAGGAGCAGAUCGGCCGCGUGGAGUUCCUGCCCGUGAACUGGCACAGCUCCCUCCACUCCACCGGGGUGGACGUGGACCUGGAGCGAAUCACUUUGCCAAGCAUCAAUCGCCUGCGUCACUUCAUAAACGACACCAUCCUGGACGUUUUCUUCUACAACAGCUCCACCUAUUGCCAGACCAUUGUGGAUACGGUGGCGUCCGAAAUGAACCGCCUGUACCAGCUCUUCCUGCAGAGGAACCCACACUUCAAAGGGGGGGUCUCCAUCGCGGGUCACAGCUUGGGGUCACUAAUUCUGUUUGAUCUCCUGACGAACCAGAAGGCUGCUCCCGAGGAGGACGAGCAGAGCAGAGAGGGCUCCAGGACAGCUUCAAGUAACACAAGCGUUGAGGAAUUAAAAGAAAUUCUGAAGAAGCUGGAGCUGUCUGAAUACUGCGAUGUUUUUGAGAAGGAGAAAAUAGACAGAGAAGCACUGUUCUUGUGCACAGAGGAAAACCUUAAAGAAGUGGGAAUUCCCUUAGGACCAAGAAUGAAGAUCCUCAAUUACAUCAGCUCCAAGAAGGAGAUGCAGGGCGUCAGCGAGCGGAGCGCAGCAGCUCCUGGGCACAGCGGGCAGACUGGCCCCGAUGGCACAAGCGACAGCAGGGACUGCCAGUACCGGGACAUUGGCUUAGGACAGGUCUCGGCAAACUACCCUCAGCUGAUCUACAAGCCCACCAUCUUCUUUGCUUUUGGGUCUCCCAUUGGGAUGUUUCUCACAGUGCGAGGAGUGAAGAGGAUCAACCCCAACUACAGCCUGCCCACCUGCAAAGGCUUCUUCAACAUCUUCCACCCUUUUGACCCCGUGGCGUACAGGAUCGAGCCCAUGAUUGUCCCGGACGUGGAGUUUGAGCCCAUGCUGCUGCCUCACCACAAAGGCAGGAAGAGGAUGCACCUAGAGCUGAAAGAAGGGCUGACGCGCAUGAGCGUGGACCUGAAGAACAACCUGCUGGGGUCCCUGCGGGUGGCCUGGCAGUCCUUCACCCGCGCCCCGCUGCCAGCUGUGGAGGCCGGGAGCACCGAUGUGGAGGCAGAGGCAGAGGCCGAGGCCGGCGUGGAGAAGCAGACAGGUCCGCCACCAGACGUAAAGCCAGAAGAGCCCCCCCCAGCAGCGAAGGAGGAGGCCUCCCCCAUUAACGUGGGGAGGCUGAACGGAGGGAAUCGCAUAGACUACGUGCUACAGGAGAAGCCAAUCGAGAGCUUUAACGAAUAUUUAUUUGCACUACAAGGGCACCUCUGCUAUUGGGAGUCAGAGGACACGGUUCUGCUGGUUCUGAAGGAGAUCUACCAGACACAAGGCAUUACACUGGAUCAACCUUUGCCCGGAAGCCAAUGACCUACCUGGGCUGUUCUGGCCGCCUGACAUAUGAUUCAACCGAGUACUCACCAGGAAAGUCCAGACUUCUUCUCUGCCUUCCUCUCUCCUCUGCUGCUGUGUCCCGCAUGCUGCUUCCCCAGUACUUGCUGCUACCUGGAGAUACGGACGAUUUUCCUCCGUUUUGGGUAGGGUGAAAAAAAAUAAUUAAAGGAAACCACUUCUGCUAACACACACACACAAACGCACAGCACUUGCACUGUGACUCCCUGUGCAAUAAGUACUUCUCAGCCCUGAGCUCUGUCUGCCCACCCUGUAGGUUAUCACACCAGCUUUGCAGUACUGAUGCAGACCGGUUGCCUGGGCUAGGAAUUGACAUAGGAGGGCCUGAACUCUGCUGCGGGCUUAGCGCCACAACUCACAGCUUGCGACCCUGAGAAAUAAAAGCCUUAAACACGCAGCAUGGAGAGAGCUAUAGCGGCCUUGCCGAGGGAAGGAGAUGCUGACUUCUCCUGGGAGAAGGAUGAGGCGCUGCCUUUCUCCCUGCCGUAGCACAGGGCACUAGGCUCGCGCUGCAGCCUUUGGGCGGUGCAGACAAGGAGCACGGGCAUCAGGUAGGAGUUUGUGUACCAGCCGUCCUCAUCCCCUUGCCACUGAUGCUGUUUGUGCACCCGUGGGCCGUGCCCGGCGGGACUGCCCCAUAAACAACUGGUGAGAGUGGCAUGGCUGUGAGUACGUGACCUACCUGGGCACCCCUGCCUGCUGUAACACGGCGGCAGCGACCGCUCAGCACCCGCAGCUCCCAGCCCACAGGGGCCAGCACACGAAGGGCCCCCCCCCCCCCCCACCCCGGGCACUGCGUGCGUUUCCCACAGGACCAUAGCUAGCAGCUAGGUGUAACCCUGCGUGAGGAAAGUUUUACCUCCAGAUCCAAACUACAGCUAGGCUGGGGGAAAGCAGCUGCCCCAGGCAAUGCAGAGGCCUGGAGGGACGGCUCCCUCCCGUGCUUUGCAGGGGCACGCAGCAGUGCUGCUGUCCUGCCGCGUGGCUUUCAAGGUGGCUACAGGGGUCUCAUGCCAGCCAGGCUCCAGUCGUUGUUUUUGUUUGCAAAUACACAAAACUGAAGAAACGAGAGCAGCUUUGCGUGCAGCGCAGGCUGCAGCUUGCUGUUCUCUGUUAGCUCUGCUCCAAGGGCAACGGGGCCAGAGAGCCCCAGGUGAUCCGCCCCUUGUGACCAAAACCAUCCAGGCUGCCUCGCUGCCUCGACUGAAGCUGGAGCACCAGAGCAGGGCAGAGGCAGAUGUUUCGGUGAUGUGUAAGGCCAUUGCUUUGAUAAUACGGGACAGCCUUUGGAAAGAGCCAAGCCACCUUCCCUCCCCCUGACUUUUGCCCUGCAUGGGGUAAUAAGCCUUGUAUCCACAGCCUCAGUUUGUUUGUCCUCUGUUGUACUACGUUAUUUGCACUACUUGAAAGGUGUUGUUUGCAGCCUACAACCUCCUCCCACCCCAAAGGAACUGAAGCUGUUCUUUAACCUGACUGCAGAAACAGACACGCUGCUCAGUCGGAGCCUGAAUUACUGAUUGCUAAAGCGUCUCCUACAAGAGUAGGAAAAGGAACAGUCUUAACAUGGGACAUUCAAUUCAUGAUCAGCUUUUUAAGUUAUGCACUUUGUUAAAAAAAAAAAAAAGAGAAAGAAAGAAAAAAAGAAUUUUAAAUGUUAUUUAAUGUCUUUUCCAGUAAAAGCCAAAAUAAAUAAAUAGAUGA